CGAUGUUGAGAUAGAAAAAACAACAACCAAACAAAAAAGAUAGACACAGAGAGAGAGAGAUAGAGAGAGAGAUAGAUAGAAAGAGAGCAAAAAAACAUUUAUUGUGCAUUAUUCAAACACAAAUUAUUGACAAUCUUAUACGUCUUUUUAUUUGUUUUAUUUAUUUAUUAAUUAUUAUUAUUAUUAUUAUUAUUAUUAUUAUUAUUAUUAUUAUUAUUAUUAUUAUUAUUAUUAUAAUUUAUAAGCAACCAGUGCGACCCUCUUAUGAUUGCUACCGAUUCUCUCCGACAUUUUUUUACCGUUGAUAAUAAAAUCAUCGUAGAAUACAUUUACUAAAAAUUCACCGUUUAACUUUUCGCCGAUACGUAUGGAAUAAUUCGACGUGUAAACGGCGAUCACAACUUUUGGGAUCGCUGCCUCCAAAACUAUCGUCUCGUCGGUAACCAUCGAAACUUUUUUAAUCUCACCAUUUUGCAACAUUUUUCCUAAUUUCAAAGUACAUUCCGUAAGUAUCUUACCAAUCCCACGGCCACGAUAUUUUGUAUCAGUUCCAAGAUAAAACAUUUCCAUCAUGGCAUCGACAUUGUAUUUUUCGAAAAUGUUCACCUUUGACUCGACCUAAAUAUAUAUGAUGAGAGAAAGAGAAAGAGAAGAAAGAAAGAGAGAGAGAGAGAGAGAGAAAGAGAAAGAAAAAAAGAUAUUAUCCAAAUUUCAACUCUUUCUCUCUCUCUUUCUCUCUUUCUCGAGAGAAAGAGAGAGAUAGAAAUAAUUUUUACUCGAUGAAUCAUUAAAAGAAGCAUAAUUAAUUAUUUGUUUCUUUCCUUCUUUAUUUAUUUAUUUAUUUAUUUUUUUUAAUCAAUUAAUAAAUUAAUAACCUUUUUAUUUGAUAAUACUCACGUUAUUGAGAAAAUUAAUAAGCUCGAUGCAAGAACGAUGCUUUAUAUUCUUCUCCACGAAACUCUCGAAUGCAUCCUCCUCACCAUCCUUCAAAGGAAUCUUUGAAUAAUAGAGACAAAUUAUGUUAUUUGAUAUUCUCUUUCUCUUAUCCUCAUAAAAUGGAAUUAGGAAAACGCUUAUUAUUAUCGUUUAUAACAGAGAAGACAAAUGGCAAAUGGAAAUUAACUCUUAAGGACAAUUGGACAAUUGCCUCUUUAUCUUCGUUCUCUUUCUUAACUAUUUCCUUUAUUUCAUUUUAAUGAACUUUUUUUCUGUUAAUGUAACAGGAUUUUUACUUUAGUUUUUUGUUCAUUAUAUUUAUGUUAUAUAUAUAUAUAAAAUUAUAAUAUUUGUUUUUUAUAUAAUAUAUAAUCAUGUACACACACACACACACACACACACAUACAUAAUUAUAUAUAAUUAUAAUAUUUGAAAACAUUAAAGUAUACUCAUAAGGUCAUAGAAAAAUCAUAAAUAUUUUUUUUUCCAAAAAAAAAAUUAAGUAAUAUCUUAUAAAAAAUCUAUGUAUUAUCUGAAUGAAAUCUAUAUCGCAUUGGAAACUAAACCGAAAAGAAAAAAUAUACUUGCAUGCAUUUUAUUGAAGAUCACUCCGGCCAUCUCGUUGGUGUCACUGUCUAAAGCGAUUAUCGAAACUCCAUCUUUAACAACUUCCCUGAAGAUCAAUUGCAUCUCCUCGGGUGCACCAGAUUCUUCAAACAUACCUAAUCCAAUAGCAAUAUUUUCGUCGGCCAUCGUGCUCGCUUGAAUACGUAAUGCUUCUUCUAAUCUAUCAUUCGUAAGUAAUACAUAGUCGAUUCCAUUUUCUCGACGAAUUAAUUGCGUUUCCAUUGUUGAAUCGUUCACUAUUAACUUAGGAGAAACUCAUAAUGAAUUUAUUCGGAUUUCGUUGUUGGCGCGUUUAUAAACGAUAGAUAAUACUAAAUGAUGUUAAUUUAAUUUCUUAUUUAUCACACGUCCCGUUGUCAAGCAAAUAUUUGAGAAUUCAUAAUACUGAUAAGAGUAAAAAUUUUAUCAAGAUAAAUUGUGAUUGUAGAAGAGAACGUGCUUAUAUGGACGAUAGUUUCCAAACUACUGAACUUCAUUUGGUCUUAUAAACGUGAUAUAUUAUAUACCGUGUCAGUGCACACCACUUAACAUCUACGCUUUGAUACUUUGUUUCUUAAAGUCUGUUUCAUACUCGACGACGUACAGUUUAUGACGAAUUUCUGUGCUAAUUUUUUAUACUAUUAAUUAAGUCAUUUGAUAGUUUUGAUAAAAUAUUUUUAAUGAAAUACGUAUACACAUACACACAAGUUCUCAUAUAUAUAUAUAUAUAUAUAUAUAUAUAUAUAUAUAUAUACCAUAAAAUAAAUUCUUGUACAAUUAUUAACAACUUGAAUUAAAAACGAUCGCGUUAACGUUUUAAUAUUGUAAAAAUAUAGUACACACUGUAGAUACACCGAUGUUGUUACGUAAAGACACACUUCCAAAGUAAAUCGAUAUUAUUGUCAUCUGUUCUACUACCUUUCGCGAACGUUCGCUUGUACAUUUUUUUUUCUUGCGAUUAGAGAGAAAAAGAAAAGAAAAGAAGAGAAAAAGAUAUUUGUAUUACCUAAUUUUUAAGUUUUUAUUUAAUUCACAUUUAAUUUCAUUAAACGAAACAAAAUGUUUACAAAAUUCUUUUAGCGAAUACAAUGAAUGUCUGAUUUUUCUCAUCGAUUCUAUCGCUAAAUUUCUUAUCAUUGAAUUCGUAUUGAUCGAAAUUCCGUUCUAACAAUAUUUCAAAUCCCAAUUUCAUACAGAUCUUCUUCGAAUAAUCCGACGUUGCUAUACUCGAGGACAAUGUCGGAAUAAUAUCGUAAUUUUCUAUAAAAUUGUUGUUAUUUAUCGUAACCGGAAUCUUCACGGAUUUGCCGCGUUUCAACUCCCUGGCAAUUUCCAAGGAGGAACUAAUCAAAAGUUCACCUAUUCUACGUUUACCGAAAUUCGGUAAAGUCGCUAAAAACAUUAUUUCCAAAAUGUAUUUGACGUUGUAAUGCUUGAAAAGAUUUAUAUAUCCGUCGACAUCGAUCAUGAAGUCUACCAGUGCCUUCGACGAUUUGUAUUUACAAUUUUCGCUGAAAAGUUCGAACGAACUCUUGUCUGUUGGACUUCCAGCGACCUACGGAAAAAAAAAAGAAAAUUAAUAAAUGAAUUAAUUAACCGAAAUAAGAAAAAAAGAAAAAAAAAGAAACAAAGAAUCAAAUGGGGAUGCAUGCGAUCGACACUUUUAUAUUUUUAAUUCUGAUUAUAGAAAUUGAAUUACCUGAAUUUUAUUGAAAAGCGCGCCAACAACCUCCCCGCUUUUUACGUCAAUGGCAACAACGCUAACUCCAUCUUUAGCGGCGUUUAAACAAAGUUCUAUCAGUUCAUCGGCCGCACCAGGUUCCUUUAUGAGUUCUACGCCUUUGCAUACGUUCUCUCGAAUAAAAAAACUUUUUCUUAUAACAUCAAGAGCACCAGAUAAUGUAUCAUUUGUCAACGAUUCAAAUUCGAUGGCUCCGUCUUCUGUUGAGCCCCAAAGCCGAUAAGAGGACAUUCUCUUACGUGUUCUAUCAACAAAUGUGUACGAGUGCACAAGAAUUUACAUUAAAAUUCAGAUUCUUUAAGUUCUGGUAAAAUGGAGGAGAAGAAGGAAGGAAGGAAAGAAUAGAAGAGAAAAAAUUAAUUGAAAUAAGUAAACAAAAGUAAUUACUAUAAAAAGUUUUCAAAAUUGUCUCCUCUUUCUCUUUCUCUCUCGAUAUCUUAUCUUCGUAGACGAAUAAAAAUUACGUACGAAUAAAAAAUUGUUUUUAACAUAUGUAAAUCGUACAUGAUUAACGUAAAACGUAUCGAAAAAAACGCAUAUUUAUUUUUCAUAUCUUUCGACUUGAUUAUGAAUUAUAGAUAGAAAGUUAUUAAUGAAAGAAAAAAAAAAAAAAAGAAGAAAUUAUUUUCUAACAACGAAUAUCGUUAUCAUCUAUAACGACAAUGUUCUUUUUUUCUCUUCACACGUUAAGAUAUUUUUUUCUUUCUUUCUUUGUUUUUUUUUUUCUUGUCUUUUUUUUCUCCCCAUGAAUCGAAAGAGUAAUUUGAAGAAAAUGAGAAAAAUGGGCACAUAAAUAAAUAAGAAGAGUCAAUAAAUAAAUAUAAUAUAAUAUAAAACGAUGAAAGAAAAAAAUCGUAUGUUAUUUUCAAAUAAUAAAAAAUAAGAAUUCAAUUUUAUUUUAAGGGCGGUUUUUUUUUUUUUUUUUUUUUUU